GCUAAGGGGAACAGGUGUGCAGAAGUGCUGGUGGGGCGAGUGUUCUUGGAGGACCUUGGAACUUGGCCACACAUGGUGAAGGGACAUCAACACCAGAUCUUCCUGGACAACAGACCAAGUUCCAGUUAUGUCCUGGUCCUUCGGUUCUAUGGGGUGGGGCAGGGGUUGGGGGCUUUGGUUCCAGGUGCAGCUGGAGGCCAGAGUUCUCCCAUCUACACAUGCUCCAGCUGCAUGACUUGUGGUUUUGGUCUGUGGUCUCUGAAUAACAACUGAGCACCUCAUCAGACAGGGGAGAACCAUUUUGAGCUGGUUUCACACUUGUAGGAAGCAAGGUGCAAAGGAGGGCAGCCAGCUCCAUCUCAUCUCUCUCAUCAUCCAUGCUCCUGCCGAUCAUCAAUCGAUGUAUUUUUCCCUUGUUUCCACAGAGCGCCCCUCAGAAGAGAAUGACUCUGAGAAACAGCUCCUCGGUGACUGAAUUUAUUUUUGUGGGAUUCUCAGAACAGUCAGAGCUCCGUGUCCCCCUGUUCCUCCUGUUCUUAGGGAUCUAUGUGUUUACCGUGGUGGGCAACUUGGGCUUGAUCACCCUAAUUGGGCUGAAUUCUAGCCUUCACACUCCGAUGUACUUUUUCCUUUUCAACUUGUCUUUUGUAGAUCUCUGUUACUCUUGCGUCUUUACCCCCAAAAUGCUGAAUGAUUUUGUGUCAGAAAAUAUUAUCUCUUUCUCGGGAUGCAUGACUCAACUCUUUUUCUUCUGUUUCUUUGUCAAUUCUGAGUGCUACGUGCUGGUAGCCAUGGCGUAUGACCGCUAUGUGGCUAUCUGCAAGCCUCUGCUGUACACGGUCACCAUGUCCCCCCAGGUCUGUGCUCUGCUGAUGUUCAGUUCCUACGUGGCAGGGUUCUCGGGGGCCAUGGCCCACACUGGAAGCAUGCUGAGACUGAGCUUCUGCGACUCCAACGUCAUCAACCAUUACCUGUGUGAGGUGCUCCCCCUCCUGCAGCUGUCCUGCACCAGCACCCGGUCCAAUGGGCUGGUGUUUUCUGUUGUUGUUGGAGUGGUCAUCUUGACAUCUAGCGUCAGCAUCUUCAUCUCUUACGCUUUGAUUCUCCGCAGUAUCCUCCAUAUCCCUUCUGCAGAGGGAAGGGCCAAAGCCUUCAGCACAUGCGGCUCCCACGUCCUUGCUGUGGCUCUGUUUUUUGGGUCAGGGGCAUUUACCUAUCUAGCAACCUCUCUCCCAGGGUCUUCGGACCAGAGCAAGUAUGCUUCCGUCUUCUACACCAACGUGGUUCCCAUGCUCAACCCUUUGAUCUACAGUUUGAGGAACAAGGACGUUAAACUUGCCCUGGGUAAAACCCUGAAAAGAGUGCUUUUGUGAGGGUUCUGUUUGUAUCAGUUAAUUACUGGGAAGCAUCAUUGUAUCUUUUUAUCUACAGAUGGGGGGAUUUUCAUUUUUUCUCUAAUAGGGUCUUCUCUCCACUUUAAUAAUUGGAAGUCUCUUGUUUAUUCUCUUCUUGAGGAUGUGCAUAUAAUAGUAUAUAUUUUAUACUACAUAAAUGGGUUCAUUGCAUGCAAUUUAGCAUCGAUUAAGUGGCUAUUACUUACUUGACUCAAAUGUGGGCCCAAGAGAUGAGUAAGACGAGGCCCCAUGCCUUCCGUCCUUUUCUUGGUAGGCUGAAUGGGCUCAUCCAAGUGACACUUCUGGCUGGGAGGUGGGGCAAGUGGUGAUAUGA